AUGUUAAGCAAAGGAAUGGCAAAGAGUUACACAUUUAAAGUCCUAGUAAUUGGGGAGUCCUCUGUUGGAAAGACGGCUAUGAUGGAAAGGUUUUGUGAGAAUCAGUUUAAAGGUGAUUACAUGUCGACCAUUGGUAUGGACUUCAACACAAAAACAGUCACGGUGAAUGGUACGACGUGUAAAUUAAAGAUAUGGGACACGGCUGGACAGGAGCGGUUUAGAAAUGUCACAACGAGUUACUACAGAGGGACACAGGGAUGUCUUGUUGUCUACGACGUGUGCAACCGUGGAACAUUUGAGAUGUUGGAUUACUGGAUAGAUGAAUAUAAACGCGAACAACCGGAGUCUGAAAUCAUCAUUGUCGGCAAUAAAACAGAUAACAUCAACGAGAGAACAGUCACAGACCAACAAGCAGAACAAUUCUCGAAACCAAAGGGUUAUAAGUCGAUGACAUGUUCCGCACUGAACGGCAAUAAUGUGAAAGAGGUCUUCGAAGCACUCACUACUCUUAUAUUACAAAACAAGACACUUAUGGAUAAUUUGCCAGACUCCACCGACGAUGGCGUCGGCGUCAACCCAGAAGGUGACAAGAAAAAGUGUUGUUAA